AAUCUCCUUCAGCAAGUGCUCAUGUCUGUCAUGUAGACUCAAAUUCAGUCAAAAAAAAGUGUAUCAGCAGCACUCUGUUAAUCUGAUCAAUGUUGCUGAUAGAGAGGGAGGGGUUAGUUAAAAGGGGCGGGACCUUUUAUCUGUCUUAGCCCAGGGGCCUGCUUUCUCACAAUCUCCCAGGGUGCACGAGUGACUUCAGCUUCUUUCACACUCCACAGCGAUGAAGGACUCGGUGUGACCCGCUGAGGACAUACUGAGUCACGUCCCCGGGUCGCCUGUCGCCAUGGCCUCUUUAGCCGUCAGCUCGGCGGCUCGGAGCAUCGACAAGCAUCGGAAGUCCUUCUCGCUGCUGUUCUACCGGGCCGUGCGGGACCUGAAGCCGGUCUGGAUGCUGGAAGACAUGCGGACGAUGGAGACUUUUUACCAGGAGGAGGACGUCAGCCAGAGGAUUUACAGCCCGUCAGAGGCGCUGCUCUAUGCUAUAGUCCAUGACCACCAGGCGUACGCCCAGUACCUGCUCAGCCGAUACACCGACGAAGCGUUAGCGAAGCCCGGGGAGCGCUUCUGCUGCUGCCCGUCCUCCGCCCCGCACCUGGCCAUGGCUGUCCGCUACGACAGGCGAUGCAUUCUCGGCCUCAUCUUACAGGAGACCCACAGGGUACCCAGCACGCCCCCCUACACGGACCGAGCCGGGUGUUUUCACAUGGAGGACGGCAGAACCCCUUUACAUUUGGCCUGCGAGCUCCUGCGGCCCGAGGCGGUCAUCAUGCUGCUGGGAAACGGAGCGUCCCCGCACGCCCUGGACCACAACGGCAUGACCCCGCUGGACGUCAUUCUGGAGAAACUCAGGGACUCCAAGGAGGCGAGCGGCGGGGAGAGGAGGCAGUGUCUGGACAACCUGCUCAUGUUCACGCCAAAGGUUCAUUUUAAAAUGAAAGCAGCUCUGGGCAGGGAGCCGGAGCGCUGGAACCAGGUGCUGGGACAGGACACCUACGAGUACCUGGCAGGAAGGAGCCCGGCGCCGCUCGUCCUCGUCGCCAUGCAGACUAUUCUGAAGCAGCUGAGCCCUGCGACCUUCCCGGACAGCCUGCACGACCUGCCCAUCCCCUCCUCCCUCAAGCCGCCGGGUCUGCCUGUAACGCAGCGGGACAGGCAGAGGGUGGUGUAGCAUCAGUGUGACAGCAUGCAUGCUCCACUGUAUGAAAACCCAUCUAUUUUAGCAUGUGUGUGUGUGUGCGUGUGUGUGUGUUUGAAAGUGGUAACACUUCAUUAUAGGGCUGCACAAAUAAACACUAACAGUCAGGGAACAAAGAGUGGAUCUUAUCUGAAGCGGACACUGAUUACAUUAGGGUGGAGCUGGAGGCGAAGCUGCAGAUGGAGGAAUAAACAGCCAUAAUCUUUCACUUUUUACACUAAUUCAGGCAUUAAUAAUGCGUUUAUUUGUCUAACCUCAUUCUAAAGUGUUACUUACUAAUACUGCUGUAUUUAAACCACUACUGAGGGCAGCCUGCCUGAGCUGUGUUACUGGUGUUCUUCAUUUAGCUUGUAUUUAACAGGAUUGUUGGAGACAGUGAUCUUAUAGAUCAUGUGACAUGAAAAGUCUUUAUUUUUAAAAAGAAUCAGAAUCAAAGUGAUGAUCUCGUCUUGUCUUUUCUGACUCUGUGAAUGUCUUUGAGCACGUCUGUUCACAUCUGCUGCUUCUCGUCCCACAAUAAAUGAUGGAACGGUGGAGGAACGGGA